AUGGACAUCUCUGUAAUCUACAGGCCUCCUGGUGGACAUAGCUUUUCCAGAUUCCUAGAUGAAUUCUCUGAUUUCCUGGAUAGACGCAUAUAUCGAACUCCACCUUUUAUCAUCACUGGCGACCUGAACAUUCACCUAGACAAUAACUCUUCACCCAACACACAGAAGUUUAAUGAUCUAAUUAGCGGUCACACCAUCUCUCAACUAGUUGAUACUCCAACACACGACAGAGGUCACAUCCUUGAUGUCGUCAUGGUUAGGGACUCUGAUGAUCGAGCUCUCUUAUCGAAGCCUCGAGUCAUACCUGGCAUCUCAGACCACUCUGCCAUCUUAUGGAAGGUCAACUUUCCCAAGCCGAGUCGGUCCCAGUCCACUAUAAUCAGUCGCAACAUCAACAACAUCGACAGGGUGACUUUUGCGAACGACAUCACUAAAUGUGACAUCAUUGCUCCUGGGACAGAGAGUGCAGAUUUUUGUGUCGACACCGCUGUACAUCGUUAUAACUCUGAACUGGGAAGGAUUCUCGAUAUUCAUGCACCCCCGAAAGAAAGGAAAGUCCGGAUUCAUGUUGACUCUCCAUGGUAUAAUGACAACAUCCGCUCUCAGAAGAAAAAACGAAGAAGGCUGGAGAGGCAAUGGCGACAGUCUUCACUUCAUAUCCACCGGGAACUCUUCUCUGCCCAGCGUGACCUUGUCAAUUCCCUUGUGAAGAGGGCAAAGCGUUCCUAUUAUGUGGCUAUCAUUGAAGACUGUCACGACGACUCUAAAAAACUUUUUUCUGUGGCUAAUCGGCUGCUGAAUCGUCGACAAUCAUCACCUCUUCCUUCCCACUCUGACAGCUCGCAAAUGGCAUCUACUUUCCUUCACUUCUUCCAGACCAAAGUCAAGAUGAUCUGCGAUAGCUUAGCACCAGAUGAGUCUCCACACAGCCAACUCACUUCCUCCUCCUUUGACACUAUCCAACCUACCACUCCUGACGAGAUCAUGUUACUUUUCCGUAAACUUCCUUCCAAGUCAUGUCAGUCAGAUCCCAUUCCCACUAGAUUACUUAAGGAUUGUUCCCCUUCUGUUGCUCCAAUUCUCUCACAUCUAAUUAAUAUGAGUAUAGAACAGGCAUACGUUCCUCCCUCUCUGAAAGUUGCUCUCAUUACCCCACUGUUAAAAUAA